AUGCAAACCCUGCAGCAGCAGCAGCAGCAGCAACAGCAGCAGCAGCAACAGCAGCAACAGCAGCAGCGGCAGCAGCAACAGCAGCAGCAGCAGCAACAGCAGCAGCAGCAACAGCAGCAGCAGCAUCCAGGCUUCAACGACCUGCUGCUGCGGUUUUUGCUUUUUCUGAGCUGCAGCUUGCAGCAGCAGCAGCAGCAGCAGCAGCAGCAACAGCAGCAGCAGCUGCAGCAGCAGCAGCAGCUGCAGCAGCAGCAACAGCAGCAGCAGCAGCAGCAGCAGUUGAUGCUUCAUAUAUUAUUAUAA